UCCUGUUUCGAUCUCCCGAAUCCCGAUCCCGCUACCGGAGGCGGAGGCGAUGGCGGCGGCGCCGGCGGUAAGGUUCCCGGUCUUCGGGCUCGUGCGGCUGCUGGGCUUGGCCGCCGCGGCGGCGAUCCUCUUCUGGGCCGUCCACUUCCGAGGCGGCAUGGCGCUCUCCACCGAAGAGGAGAGCAAGCUCCCCCUCUUCAACGUUCACCCAGUGUUAAUGCUGAUUGGUUUGGUGGCCUUGAAUGGCGAAGCUCUUUUGGCUUAUAAAACUGUGCCAGGAACCAAGAAACUGAAAAAGCUAGUGCACCUUGCCGUGCAGUUCCUUGCCAUGUUUCUGAGUCUAAUUGGUCUGUGGGCUGUAUGGAAGUUCCAUGAUGAAAGAAAAAUCGAUCAUUUAUAUACACUUCACUCGUGGUUGGGCCUUACUUGCUUCAUCUUCUUCAGCUUGCAGUGGGCUGCUGGGUUUUGGACCUUUUGGUACCCCGGUGGAUCAAGAAGUGGCCGUGCAUUUUUGCUUCCCUGGCAUGUCUUCUUUGGUAUAUUCAUCUAUGUUCUUGCUAUCGCCACAAGUGUGACUGGACUCCUGGAGAAGUCAAUCUUUAUGCAGAGCGCCAAAAUGAUUGAGCGCUUCUCCACAGAAGCCAUGUUUAUGAACUCCCUGGGAAUGCUGCUGGUGUUGUUGAGCAGCCUUGUUAUUCUUGCACUCGUUAGUCCUGGACCCAGCAUGAUCGACACAUACAGAGGCUCUUCUGAGUGAGAGGAAAUGAUUACAGCCUAGUUUCUUAAGCUACAUUUUUAAUCAGUAGCUGAGCAAUUUUUGUGUACAUGUACCCAGAAUUAUGCUUUUCUUCUUUUGACAUGGAGUUAGUCAGUGUUGAGGAUAAUUUCAUCCCUGUUAGAGUGGCUUCAUUCAAGUCGCAGUAAUAAAAUUGUGGAUGAGGCUGACAAUGAAAUUACAGCUGAGAAUAUGACUGAAGUAACAAUUCCUGGUUAAUCAGAAGUUAACCAAUUCCC